AUUUUAACCUUGCAGUUGGUCAUCUGUCGUUCUGUGCUUGGAAGUUUGAACCUGUGGAUUCUGCUAUUAGGGUUAAGUUCGAAUUUUCCUGGGUUUCGUAAUUUAGAUAAAGUGCGGUCUGUAUCCGUUCCUUAUAGCAGGCAUACGGUUCUUUUACGAAUAUCACGUUUCAGGCAGGUGUUUAUUUCACACAUCUCUUUUCCCCAAGUAGAUGAUAUGUCGGACGACGAAGAUAUCUUGUAUAUUAAAAAGCAAAAAACUGUUCAUUAUGGUUCCUUGGAGGAACAAGAACGCGCACGUUUGUCGGCAGUGGCUGUUAAAUCUGGAGACAGUGAUGAAGAAGGAAGUUCAUCCAAUGUGGGGCAACAGAUAUCAGAAUUCGGGAAUGUCAACAUUUCUGAUGAAUAUAUGGAGCUGGAGGAAGAAAUGAAUCGUGACCGCCAGGCUUUACUAGAAGAGUUUGAGAGACGUAAAAGGGCACGCCAGAUUAAUGUUUCAACCGAUGAUGAGGAAGUCAAACGCAACCUGCGACAGUUAGGAGAGCCAGUUUGUCUCUUUGGUGAAGGUCCAGCUGAUAGGCGGAGUCGACUCCGAGAUUUAUUAGCCAGGUUGGGAGAAGAUGCUAUUAAAAAGAAACAAGAGGAGGAGGAAGAAAGGAUGCAACAAGAAAAAGAUCAAGAGACCACGUGGUACCAUGAGGGGCCUGAAGCCCUUCGAGUAUCACGAUUAUGGAUUGCAAAUUAUUCAUUACCUCGUGCAAAACAACGCUUGGAUGAGGCACAUAAAGAGCAGGAGCUUCCCGAGGCUACACGUACAGCCAGAAGACAGGAGUUACAAAAGAAACUUCAAGCUUUAUCAAUCUAUUGCAGUCAGAUUGGAGACACAAGACCAAUUUCAUAUUGUCAGUUUAGUCCUGACUCUAAGUUUCUGGCCACAGCUUCAUGGAGUGGACUGUGUAAAGUGUGGACAGUUCCGAACUGUGAGCUUACAUUGACUUUAAGAGGACAUUCUUGCAAUGUAGGAGCUAUAGUCUUUCAUCCUCGUGCAAUGCAAGAAGGAGAAACAUCUGUAUGUGCCCUUGCUUCAUGUGCUGCUGAUGGUUCUGUCAAACUGUGGACUAUGGAAAGUGAAGACCCACUGGCAGAUGUUGAAGGUCAUUCUCCUCAUCGAGUAUCUCGACUUGCUUUCCAUCCCUCCGGACGAUUUUUGGGUACAUGUUGUUUUGAUGGAUCUUGGAGGUUAUGGGAUUUAGAACAGCGCCAAGAAGUUCUGCAUCAAGAAGGUCACUGCAAGCCAAUCUAUUGUAUCUCAUACCAGAUAGAUGGUUCCGUAUGUGCUACAGGGGGAUUAGAUGGUUUUGGAAGAGUGUGGGACUUGCGUACAGGACGGUGCGUCAUGUUUAUGGAAGGUCAUCUUAAGUCGCUGUAUGGGAUAGACUUCUCUCCCAAUGGAUACCACAUAGCUACAGGAAGUGAAGAUCAUACCUGUAAAAUUUGGGACCUACGUCGAAGAGCAUGUCUCUACACAAUUCCAGCCCAUAUGAAUCUUAUCUCACAAGUGAAGUACCAGUGUCAAGAAGGCAAUUUUGUUGUGACAUCAUCAUAUGACAACACGGCAAAGGUAUGGUCCAAUAAAACAUGGCAGCCACUGAAAACUUUAUCUGGGCAUGAUGGUAAAGUAAUGUGUGUGGACAUUUCACCUGACUCGCAGUUCAUUGCUACAGCUUCAUAUGACCGCACAUUCAAACUGUGGGCACCCGAGUGACAAUAAGAACAUGUUGUGAGAAAUACAGGAUAAAGAGAUACCAAGGAUGUUGUCGCAGUACGUCUGGCAUGUUCCUCUAGCAAUGAUACCAAGUAAUACACCUGCAAAGCCACCUUCCGCUUCUGCGGACAGCAACCCAUACUCAACAUCAGCUACUUGCAGAGCCAGUGUUAGAGACGGAUUAUCUUGCAGUAGGAAUGGCUCCAGGUGUUGUGGAAGUGUCAUUAAGUAUUGGCCGAUCUACAGUGAGAAGUAAGAUAUUACAUAUGGUACAUAAAAUUUAACUGACACCAAUAAAGAAAUUUUCCUGUGCCAGAAUUUCAAGGGGCAGGAUGAGUCCCUUAAAGCCUUCCUCAUUUUCACAUGGUGCAUUCUGUUUUCAGAAAUUAAGUGUAGUAUCCAUCCUUCCAUCCAAUGGCUCUGCAUCCCAUAUCGGGCCUUGGCCUCCUCCCGUGUGGGAGGUUUCUUGGUCUUGAAAUAUACCAUUAACUAAUUCAACAGUGGAGUCCUUUCUGAGAAGAUAUUGUGUCUCAGGUACUCGAGAUGUCCCGAGCCUGACAACUUCCAUUCACAUCCUCUCACACUACUUAUUUACAUUUUAAUCAUCCCAUCUAUACUGAUGCUUCCAAAGUGGUCUCUUCCCUUCAGGUUCUUCAGUAUAUUCUGUAUUAAUUUCUCGUUUUCAUAUAUGAAAUAGUAUAAUUAUUAUAUCUGAUGUAAGGGAAUUGUCACUAACAAAAUGUAGGUUAUGUUUUAUGUGUAAUGUGUUUGGAUUCUGUGUGUGUGUGUGAUAUGUUGAUUUCAGUAAAUAACCAGUGCAGAUGAACAAGAUUAUAAAUCCACCAAUCAAUCAAAUUACUAUAGGUCUUACACAUUUAAAGGUCAUCUUGAUAAAUCACAUAUCAGGGGAACAGAUGGAUAGAUCUGAUGAUUUACAUCAGAGGUUGGCAUGUGGAGUUCCCCAUUUGAAGGUUAAACCUUUAAAGUCUACAGUUACGUGCCAGCUGCAUUAACAAUUAGUAACUUUUUUUUAAUGGGUUGUGUAAAAUUCUCAGUGUGAAUAGUGAUUAUGUUUCCUUUAAUAGCAAAGUUUUUGUUUGAUGUUAAAAUUUGUAUUGUGUAAUAUCCUCAUUUUUCAUUUUCUGGUUUGGUUUAAAAUGUUUUCAAUUCAGAGUAAGAGAGACCACAUUUCACAAUCAUAAAAGCAAUUUGUAAAAUAAUUGUUUUGUAAGUUUUUAAGCUCAUUACAGAUAAUCAUCAUAACUUCACCUGUGUAAUAUAUUCUUGUGGUGCAAAGCUGAAAUCAGGUAGAUCUGCUGCAACAGUCGCUGCUUGUUUAUUAGCAUUGCUCCAAGCAGGUGCAGAUUGAACUUGUUCUAAUUGCACAGAAAUGGGAACAAAGAUAACUUGGAAUGUUGUAUGAUGUACAUCACUGCACAACUUGUUCAGUGACUGAGUUAUGUGCUCCUCCAGCAAAGUCUCUUCUCCUGUGAACACACAUGGAAUAAAAGAACAUUUCAGGUCACUAGUGAUAAAAUUUGACCUUUCAUUCAUGACUGAAACACGUAGUAGAAAUGUAAGGGUGAAGUGUACGCACCAAAACAUUGAAAAUAUUUCAAAUGAAGACGUGUCUAGAAGAACAUUCUUUCCAAGUGGCAUUUUUUCCUUCCACUUCUUUACACUUAUAGCAGAAAUUUGAUAGGAAGUGCUCUGCCUACUCAGAAGUUGCUGUCAUGUAAAACUUGCUAGUAAAGGCAUCUGGCCUUCAUACGUUUGCCAUUUAUUGGAAUAAGUACAUUAAUUUCCUUGCAGUACUAGGCAUAAUGGAUCUGAUUUUCAAUGCCAACACAGUUGUAACUGUUUAAAUUUUUUUAUUAUCAGCCUUUUUAAUGUUACCAUAGGAUAUAAUUCAUAAAACAAAAUUCAAAGGGUAGAUACAGGAUUUGGAUGUAAACUAAAUCACAAAAAGCAAUGGUGUUUUUUAUACUGAGUCUAUUCCCAAAAGGUCUAACUGGAUGUGGCCUUGGCAGCACACUGCUCUCUUGCCCCCACUGCCUAGUGUUACUAGAAACAUGGUGUUAAAACAAUGAAAGUAUGAUGCCAUGUCUGAAAUUUAGGAAAGAAAAGAGAGACUGUCAUUUUGGAAAGGAGGCCUUUUCAGACUCAUGGCCACAAUAAGUUUCUAUUUUAAAACUGUGUUAGUGUGUAGGCGUCACCCUUACAUUUGUGUCAGAUUUUUUAAGUUAGAACCUGCUUUUGUAAGAUAAUUAAGCCUGUUGUCAUUUCUGUAGGGCAAUAUAAUUCUCCUGUGUAGGUGUGACUCCUUUGUAUCAAUACUGUGUUGGCCACUGCUCGUUGUCCGAGGUGUAGUUAAUUAAUUCGGAAGCUGGCUCUACUCAUCUUCAGGUGAUGGGUUGUCGUGUUGACAUAAUUUUUUUUAAGUUUAUUGGUGGUGGUUGGAGAAACUGCCAAUGGUAUAGUGAUUAGCAUUCUAGUGUGUGAUAGUUAAAAGGUCGUGUUCCUGUUUAUCUUGCUAAAUACCAAAUUUUUGGAUGAAUGCAUGAAAGUUAAGGAGAUAUUAUUUUAUAUUUGUGGAUGUAGACAUGUAUGCAUGUGUUUCCUUUCUUUAUAUAUAUAUAUAUAUAUGAUGAGCCAUUUGUGAGAAAUGCGAUGAAAUGUACCUUGUAAAUGUCAGUUUACCAUCAGCAACUGAUUUGGUUAUAAACUCUGAAACUUUA